AUGAGUCUCGAUUUUGCCCUAACUGCAUCUGCGCAACAGCUUGCGGAUAUCAUUCCACAUGGCUUAGCCGUUCUCAAUAAUAAAUGCGAGCUGGUUUCCCAGAACCCUAGCUUACGGGCGCUGAUUAAGUGUUCAAACGCAAACUUUUUAGAUUGCUGGUCGCGAUCGAUCCAUCCGGACGACAUUGACCGUAUGACUACUUGCUUUGAUGAGGCUUUUUCGUCCAAAAAAGUGCUGCGCGUUGAAUACCGCGCGCGGCACCAGGACGCAUGGUGUGUGCUUACUCUGAAUCCCCUUCUUGCAAAUCUGCAUGCUUUUGGCCUUGAUGCCCGCGGCGGGUUCAUUGUCACUAUUGCGGAUAUUACACCAGAGAAGAGGGCCGAAUCCCUUCAAAGACAGCUUGCCAAAGAUGCGCAAGAUCACAAACAACUACAAGAGCGGUUCAUCGACAUGAUUAGCCAUGAGAUACGAAAUCCCCUGUCUGCGAUAUUACAUUGCACCGAGGAUAUCAUUGAGGCAUUACGCGACAAAGAAACCCACGUAGUACCGCUUGCACGCGUGGCCGAGUCAGCGGAGACCAUCAGUCUCUGCAUUUUGCACCAGAAAAAAAUCCUUGACGAUGUGCUUACUUUCUCGAAAAUCGACGCAUCGAUGCUACUAUUAUCACCGCGGAGAGUGCAACCGAAAUUACAUUUUGCUGAUCCGAUUUCUCUAUUUCGGCCGCAGCUGCAGAGACAGGGUAUCCAAUUCAAUUACCAAGCUGACUUUUCUUAUGCGGAUUGUGGAAUUAAAUGGGUUAUGGCCGACCUUGACCGAAUGGGCCAGGUCCUUAUCAACCUUCUCUCCAAUGCAAUAAAAUUCACUGCCAGGUCCAAGAAUGAGCGAAAGAUUCGAGUCUCAAUUGGUGCUUCAAAAGAACGACCUUCUUCAUACCCUCCAAAUGUUGUCUUCUUUCGGUCGGGCGAGGAUGCGCUCGGCCUUGACACGACCGCCUUGCCUGAGUGGGGCUCCGGACAAUUUGCAUAUCUUAUGCUUGCUGUCAAGGAUUCUGGUAUUGGCAUCGACGAUCAUGCGCAGAUGAAGCUAUUUGAAAGAUUCAAUCAAGCUACCCCAAGGACGGAAGGGGUUUAUGGUGGUUCUGGUCUAGGUCUCAAUGUCAGCAGAAAACUAUGUCAUCUUCAUGGUGGAGAGAUUGGCGUCAGUUCGAAAGAAGGGGAAGGAAGUACUUUUGGCUUUUUCUUUCGAGUGCGCAAGAGCGAUGAUACUAGCGGUGAGGCAUUUAGCGGGGAGGCAUUUAGCGGGGAUAAAAUCUCGGAACUGGACAAGUUGUCUCACGAUAUCCAAGCGUUAGGCAAGGAGUUGGCAGAUUGCGAAGGACCAACACAAGAAAUUCGGAUACCAGAAGAUCCCCCACUGACUCAUAUUGAAGAGUUGAGCCCAGAAGCCCCCGUUGAUGAUAAAACGAUGCAGACUUACGAGAUUGCGCGGCAAGCAACCAUUCGGAAUAUUGGAAGCCAUCGAAGUCACAACGAGGGAAAGACAAGUCGACGAAUACUUGUGGUGGAGGAUAAUGUGAUUAAUAGGAAAAUCCUAUCUCGGAAAUUGUUAACAUUGGGGUUUCAAAUAACGGAGGCCAACAAUGGCCAAGAGGCUUUGAACGUCUUCCAGAACAACAUGUUUGAUUGCAUUCUCAUGGACCAGGAAAUGCCUGUGAUGGAUGGUAAUUCAGCAACCAAACUUAUUCGACAGGUCGAGAAGGGGGGUGAUGCACAUGUGCCCAUCUUAGGUGUGACAGCAAACGUCAGAGCGACGCAACAGUCAGAAAUGCUCGAGGCUGGGAUGGAUGAUAUCAUUCACAAGCCCUUCCGUACCGAGGACCUUGUUGCGAAAAUCAGCCAAUUUGUGCCUUCAACGAUUGAAAUGACAAAUAAGAAGCACUCCGAUAGGGUUGUCGCGCCGGACAGGAAAUAA